CACUUUGUGUCUGCAUUUCUUCGGACUUGAGCAUCGACAUCUCGCACUUGGCCGUCACUUUUCUUUCGCCAUUCAUAGCCAUGUGUAAACACAUUCUGAACGCCCAAGUGGCCAUCCGCUCGCACUGCUGCCGAAAAUGGUUUGACUGCGCCGAAUGCCACCAAGAGAGCGAGUCGCACAAUCUCGAGAAGAGCGCCGAGAUGAUCUUUGCAUGUAAGAAGUGCAAGAAGUGUUUCCGCAAAGACGCUGCUGAGUUCGAUGAGACUGAUGAGUACUGCCCUCACUGUGAUAACCACUUUGUCAUUGAGGCACGCGAACCCGAGGCGCGACUACACGUGGAGGGUGAGGAUGCUCGUAUGGACAACCGGAUGCUUAAGGACGAGCGUGUUGCGCGCGACAAGGAGCGUUCCCUCUUCAAUAUUAAAGAUGUGUCAGACCGCAUGGGCUAA